AGCGGGUUCGGCUCCAGCCAAGGGGGCUUGCGGCAUCCCUCGGAAUAAUCCCGCAGCGAGCUUAGGAAGCGAUGAAGCGCGGACGUGCGGGCAAUGCUGCCAAGCUCAAGAUGUCUGUGGGUUGCCAAGUGGCCACCCUGAUGAAUUGCGCGGACAACAGCGGUGCCAAAAAUCUGUACAUCAUGGCGGUGAAGGGCAUCGGCGGUCGCCUGAACAUUCUGCCGAGGGGCGGUCCUGGCGACAUGGUGCUGUGCACGUGCAAGAAGGGCAAGCCCGAGCUGCGCAAGAAGGUGCUGAAGGGUGUGAUCAUCCGCCAGAAGAAGGCGUGGCGCCGCUCGGACGGCGUCUUCAUCUACUUCGAGGACAAUGCAGGCGUCAUCGUGAACGACAAGGGCGAGAUGAAGGGCUCGGCCAUCCAGGGCCCCGUCGCGAAGGAGUGCGCCGAGAUCUGGCCGAAGAUCGCGUCGGCAGCCCCCGCCAUCUGCUGAGGGCCUGCUCCCCCGGGGUCGCGCGGCCGCGGGGCGGCAGAACAGCGAGUGUCGCCGACCGUCUGCUGCUCUGGCCGCCCUCUCUCUCGCUCUGCCUCUGCCCCUGCCUCUGCCUCCGCCCCUGUCCUCCUCCUCCUCC